CAGACGGCGGAGGCGCGCCCAAGAUGGCGGCCUCCAUGGGCGACGUGUUUUCCUUCUGCGUGGGCGUGGCGGGCCGAGCCCGGGCCGCCGUGGAAGUCCGUUUCGUAAGCAGUGCCAAGGGAAAGGGAUUGUUUGCCACACAGCUGAUCCGGAAGGGAGAGACUAUCUUCGUAGAAAGGCCUCUGGUGGCUGCACAGUUUCUCUGGAAUGCACUUUAUCGCUACCGAGCCUGUGACCAUUGCCUUCGGGCACUGGAGAAGGCAGAGGAGAAUGCCCAGAGGCUGACUGGGAAGCCAGGCCAUGUACUGCCUCACCCAGAGCUGUGCACUGUGCGCAAAGACCUCCACCAGAACUGCCCCAGCUGCCAGGUGAUGUACUGCAGUGCAGAAUGUCGGCUGGCAGCUGCAGAGCAAUACCACCGUGUCCUGUGCCCAGGCCCCUCCCAGGAUGACCCCCUGCAUCCUCUCAAUAAGUUGCAGGAGGCAUGGAGGAGUGUUCACUAUCCCCCUGAGACUGCAAGCAUCAUGUUGAUGGCCCGGAUGGUGGCUACAGUGAAGCAGGCUAAAGAUAAGGAUCAGUGGAUCAGGCUGUUUUCCCAGUUCUGCAACAAAACAGCCAAUGAGGAAGAGGAAAUUGUCCACAAACUCUUGGGAGACAAAUUCAAGGGCCAACUGGAACUUCUGCGGAGGCUCUUUACAGAGGCCCUCUAUGAGGAAGCACUGAGUCAGUGGUUCACUCCAGAUGGAUUCCGGUCUCUCUUUGCUCUUGUUGGAACCAAUGGCCAAGGAAUUGGGACCAGCUCCCUGAGUCAGUGGGUCCAUGCUUGUGAUGCUCUGGAGCUGAAGCCUCAGGAUCGCGAGCAGCUAGAUGCUUUCAUUGACCAGCUGUACAAGGACAUCGAAGCAGCAACUGGUGAGUUUCUUAACUGUGAAGGAUCUGGCCUCUUCGUGCUUCAGAGCUGCUGCAACCACAGCUGUGUCCCCAAUGCAGAGACCUCCUUCCCAGAAAACAACUUCCUUUUGCAUGUCACUGCCCUGGAGGAUAUUAAGCCAGGAGAGGAAGUCUGUAUCAGCUACUUAGAUUGCUGUCAGCGGGAACGCAGCCGCCAUAGCCGCCACAAGAUCCUCAGGGAGAACUAUCUAUUUGUCUGUUCCUGCCCCAAAUGCCUAGCAGAGGCUGAUGAACCCAAUGUGACCUCAGAGGAGGAAGAGGAAGAAGAAGAAGAGGAAGGAGAGCCAGAAGAUGCAGAGCUAGGGGAUGAGAUGACUGAUGUGUGAUGUUGCCCCACCCAGAUGGGGCGCUGCUCCAGACCCUGCCAGAAAAGGGGCCCUUCCCUUAGAGAAGAGGCUUGGAAGGAAUACCCUACUCCCAUUGCCUGCUUUCCUCCUUCAAGCACUCUGCCAGAGGGCAGGACAGGCUGGAUUCCCCCAUCCCCCACCAGACCUCAUGCCCUGAGCACUGCUGCUGAGUUGCCUCAGGCCCUGCGCCAUCACUGAGCCUUCUAGAACUGGCCUCCUCCCACUGAGGUUACUCCAUGUAGAUGUUAGGGGCUGGAACCAGGCGUGGGCUUAUCAGUGUUUCUUCUUGGUUCCUUGACCCACCCUCACGUAUCCAUCUGAGGCUUGUCCCCUAUCAACUAGCUGUGGAUUUAUUUUCAGGGGUACCAAAGUGGCACAGCUAAGAACACAUUGGUUUCAUUGAAGCAGAAAGGGAAAAUGGUGUAGCGCUUCACCUUCUUCCUUACUUCCUUCCCAUCUCACCUUCUGCCUCAGAGCUGUAGCUGUAAGACAGUAACCUGCCCGCUAGCCCAGCAGAAGGAGGGUCUGGGUCUCUAGUAGAACUUCUGGCUCUCUACCAGGGAAUGCUGGACCAUUCCCACUGUUUGUACAUGGGAGAAGUGGAUAUUUAACUCCCCAGACUCCAGAAUCCCUGUACCUGUGCCUUGCUUCCCAGGCCCUGGCACAGUGGCUGGCCCAUGAGGUAUGGAAGAGGGGUGUGCAGAGGCUCAUCACCAUUUCUCAAACCAUCUUCCCACUGAGGACUCCAGCAGUAUGGCUGAGAUCUGGAGGACGAGUCUGCUCCUGAAUUUAGGAUGCUCUAUUCUUCCCUGAGGCCAGAAUGAAUCUGGCUUCAAAUGUCCAUCUUUAGAAUCUCCACUGGGGAAUAUUUAAGUCUUCCAGAAGUCUAAGGAGCUGGGCUACUUAAAGAGAUUAGCCACAGGUGAACCAUUCCGGUUGGGUGCUGUGGGAAUUAAACCAUCACUUCCAGUUUCUUUCUGCUUGCCUUCCCUGAGGGGCCUGCCUACUGAGGAACCCAAGGGAGGACAGAUGGGACCUGCCUGCCUGGUGCCCUCACCUAGCAGGUUCUUACUCCUGCACAGUAGCCAAGCCCUUCCUACCCUGCCUGCCCACUGUUCUCAAUAAAACAUGAGUGGUGUCAGGCCUCUGCAGCGAUGCUUUGUGGAGAAUGGCUGGUCAGGCCACACACGGCAUGCUGUAGUCGUAUAGGUUAGUGCAAAGGGACAGACUGGUCAUUGGCAGCAACAUGUGUGUUCCAGGCUUCCCAGCUUGGGCUCAUGUUUGGCCUUGGUCACACUAUGCUGUGCAAAUGUUACCAAAACCAGGAUGAGUUUCCUGGGGUCCCACCUCAGUCCCCAGCACUAGGUUACAAGAUAAAUCUUCACAGGGGUUCGACUACCACUCUCUGGGGCUUGCUGAGCUCUUGAACAAGGUACUAUGUUGGGACUCCCCACAAAAGUCUGAGUACCAAAGGAC